CGCGCCCUACCAAGCCGCGACUUCCGGCGUCCCGCGAACAGCCGCGAGCUCGGCGCAUCGCCACCGUCGAGGACCCGGUGAGGGUGUGAGUACUUGGAGCAGUGACUGCCAUCUGGUGGCAAGCCAGAAUCGCCGCUUUGUGGAAGCAGAUGGUUGCAAAGUGGUCCUCUCUGGACUCCCCGGCAGCAGGGGACCCGUUAGACAAUGUCUGAUGCUGGAGGGCAUCUGAUGAAGCAGCCUCAUGAAAUAACCCUUCGCUUCCACGUGAAUGGGUUUUUCAUCCUGGAUUCUGAGCCAGGAGCCAGCUCCAAUAUGGGGCCUCUGAAGAAAAGAUUUGAGUUGCUCUUGUGUUUGCAUCAAAGAGCUGCAUCCCUCCCUGCGGGUAACCGAGACUGUGAGUAAGUGCACACCAUACCAGUGCUUGGUGACAUGGAGUCUGAAAUAAACUGCUCUGACUUAUGUGACAGUGUUCCUGGCCAGGAGUUGGAUAAGAGACCCCUUCAUGAUCUCUGCGGGACGACAAUUACCUCUUCGCACCAUAGCAGUAAGAGCCUCCCUUCAUUAUCUCCUGCCCUCUUGGGUGUUGUGUGGACUUUGCUCAGCUGUGGCCUUCUUCUGAUGCUCUUUUUUCUUGCCUUCACCAUUCGCUGCAGGAAGAACAGGAUUGUGAAGAUGUCCAGCCCCAAUCUGAACAUCGUGACCUUACUGGGCAGUUGUCUGACUUACAGCAGCGCUUACCUCUUUGGGAUUCAAGAUGUUUUAGUGGGGACCUCAAUGGAAACUCUCAUCCAGAUCCGACUGUCCAUGCUGUGCAUUGGAACCUCCCUUGUGUUUGGUCCCAUUCUGGGGAAGAGCUGGCGACUCUACAAGGUGUUUACCCAGAGAGUUCCGGACAAGAGAGUGAUUAUCAAAGACCUGCAGUUGCUGGGGUUGGUGGCUGCCCUGGUGAUGGCCGAUGUGAUCCUGCUUGUGACGUGGGUGCUGACGGAUCCCAUCCAGUGCCUGCAGAUCCUGGGUGUCAGUAUGACGGUGACAGGGAGAGACGUGUCCUGCUCUUUGACCAACACACACUUCUGUGCUUCCCGGUACCCCGAUGUCUGGAUCACUCUUGUUUUGGGAUGCAAGGGUCUGCUCCUGCUGUGUGGUGCCUACCUGGCUGGCCUGACCGACCACGUCAGCUCACCUCCCGUCAAUCAGUCCCUAACGAUCAUGGUGGGGGUCAACCUCCUGCUCCUGACUGCUGGGCUGCUUUUGGUGGUCACCAGAUACCUGCAGUCCUGGCCCAACCUGGUCUUUGGGCUCACAUCUGGAGGCAUCUUUGUUUGCACAACCACCAUCAACUGCUUCAUCUUCAUCCCCCAGCUGAAGCGAUGGAAGGCAUUUGAAGAGGAAAACCAAACAAUCAGAGGCAUGGCCAAAUAUUUCAGCACUCCCAGCAAAGGCACCCGUGCCCAGUAUGUUGAGGAACAGAACUGCCACCCGAGAGGCGAGAAGAGCUCCAUGGAGAGGCUCCUCACAGAAAAAAAUGCGGUGAUUGAAAGCCUGCAGGAACAAGUAAACAAUGCCAAAGAGAAGCUGGUGAGGCUGAUGGCAGCUGAGUGCAGCUAUGACCCCACUGAGGGCGCUGUCCCCCCUGCCUUUUCCCAGAGCGAGGGCGGCCUGCAGGUGGCCUCUGCCCAAGGCCUGCCAGCUCAGGGACCUUCAGACUGCCCCCCUGACGGCGGCAUGGCUGCCCAGGGCUCCCAGUGUACCGCAGUGCCUUCGCCACCAGUGCAGAGCCGCCAGCAGCCUGAGCGGGACAGCAGCCACUCCCCGGGGCAGAAGGAGAAGACACCCGACAUGAAAGACUUCUCUCACCCUGUGGACUUGGUUUGCAGCCAGAGUCCAGAAAGAGGGGCCCAGGGACCCGCGGCCGCUAGCCAGAGCGUCCUGCCGGGCAGAGGGAGCUCCGAUCCCCAGAGUCUGAAGCAGCCAGAGAACUUGGAAGAGCCUGUGAGGCGGCUGCCCAGAGUGAACUCGGUGAUCAGGGAGAAGCUGCAGGAAGUCUUAGAGGAGCUGGGCCUGGGCCCGGAGGCGCCCCUCCCCAGCCCCCCAUCUUGUCCUCAGCAGCUCUGGAAGAACAGUGCCGCCCCUAGCCCCCAGAAGACGCCCCUCCGCAGGGAGCUGGGCUUCAGCCCGUACCUGGUGAGGAGAAGGCGGGUGGCACCUCGAGCUCGCUCGCUCGUUCCUGGCUCUGUGCCCUCGUUUGUGGGGCAUCGGGUAAACAGGACUCUUUCUGGGACACAUGGUGGGCUGAAGGUGCAGGAUGGGGACAACCCCAGGCCGGACCCCCAGUGUGCUGACUCCAGGGUACCGAGGCCCUCUUCCAGGAAGCCUUUACUACUCCCCGAUCCUCGGGGCAGGUUGGGCACCCUGGAGGGCAGCAAACAAUGCCAGCCAGAGCCCGGGGGCGCGGGAGGAGGCAGUGCUGCCUUUCCUCACCAAUCCUCGGCUUCUGGCCGAGCACCAAGUCCCACUACUCCACACCUACCCAGAGCCUCCGCCGACCUCCCUGAGCAGUGGCCGCUGCGGCCUCCGCGGUCCCCAGGGUGCCCCUCCCUGUCUUCUCGGUGCACCUACCUUGACACUGAGUCCAGCAGCUCAGAUGAGUUCUUCUGCCGCUGCCACCGGCCCUACUGUGAAAUCUGCUUCCAGAGCUCCUCCGGCUCCAGUGACAGCGGCACCUCAGAUUCUGACCCUGAACCUGCUGUGGGGCUGGCCUCCUGGGAAAAGCUGUGGGCCCGCUCCAAGCCGAUCGUGAACUUCAAAGAUGAUCUGAAACCCACGCUGGUCUGAAGAGCCUCAGAGCUGGUCUGGACAGAGUCCAGGACAACGGCCCCGAGGCCUUGGGAGGAGAGCCGGUUUCUGGUCUUCAGGGACCGGCCCAGUGGCCUGCAUUUGACCAGCUCUUACCGUGUUGCAGCCACACUCACUGUGCUACUUGGGGCACCUCUUGAUCUAUAAAAAGAGUGGUGCUUCCUGUCUUGUUACUACCUCACAUCAUUACUAUAAAAGACUGCAGCUGGGUAACUGUAAAAGAUACUGACUCCUUGAAUGAACCGGUGCUAAGUGAACGCAUAGGGUUUCUGCCCAGGUCAGCCUGCAUUCUACAAAGCUCUUCAUGUACACAGAUGGCUGGAUGGCUGGAAGGACAGACAAGGUGGAGAUGGACGGGAAGCAUCUGCAGAUCCUGAGCUGUGGCCUGUGACCUAUCAAACUGGCUUUUUGGUGGACAGGCCUACCCGGAAGAUAAGUCUCCAUUGUCCUCGGGCCUCCCACUCCUGGAAGGGUGUGUGUGGUUGGUGCUAAAGGUUGUGAACAGCAUCACCUCUGGCUUUCCAGCCUCUGGCCAGACUCAGCUGAGAGCCGCUUCUGUACCACUAUUCCUUGUUCCUGUCUUUCUUCCAGCACAGCCCCUCACACAUCAUCAUCCCUGAGUGUCAGGUCUCCUUGUGUCCUCAGGCCUCCCACAGCUCUCUCCUGGGCCCAGCUGGUACCCGGUCUUGUGGCCCACACCCUGACCAUCCCAGUGGUGCAGAGCUGCGCUAGGGGGAGCACAUACCAGCAAUCUCUGUUGCAUUAAAAGGGAGGCCUACUGGUCAAGAGACUUGAUGCCAUUGGGGUUGCAUGACCAGCAACACUCACACAGAUAAGAAAAUAGGAAGAAUUGGGGGACAGAAAGACAGGGAAGAAAACAAGUUUUGAGUUUGGCAUGGUGCUUGUAAUAUCUAACUUCAGCAGUUCCUGAUGAUAACCAUGCGAGUAGGCACUGUGAUCUCUACAGAUGGGAAAUAGGUGGCUUAGAGAAGGGAGGUGACUCCCAGCAUCGUACUGCUGGACAGUGGCUGAGGGAGCUCUCGCUCUCAGCCCCUGGGCCUCUAAUUUGGUGGAUUUCCCUGAGUACACAUGUCUUCAUUCACUCUUCUGGGAGUGACAGGUGAGGCUUGGCAGGCCAGACAGUGGAACAAGGGCAGUGUAGAGAAACUGAGAUGUGCUCCCCCUGCAGUCCAGGAUAGCGAGACUGGGUCCCUUGCCCCAGGGGCAAUCCUCCCCUUCCUCACUGCCGCAGAGGUGCCAGGGAGUUGCCUGCCACCAAAGCCACAGGGGGAGUGCCGCUGGGUCCGCUUUGCUUGUUACUGAGCUGCUGGUCAUUUACAGGCUGUCCCCUGCACCUGCUCCGCUCCCGUGUAUGCAUUUGUGGGCGUGCACAGGUUUAUGGGAGAGAGUUUGGGCCUUGUGAGGUUGGCUCUAAAUGUGUCACAGAUCCAUCCCAGACUCUCGGGGACUGCGACACCUUGUGACUCUUGAGGCUCUGGACAAGGAGGUUAUCCUGGUGGCACAGCUUUGUUCCAUUGACUCUGUUAAAUACAAAUUUCAUAAUUUAUUCUGCGUGUGCAUUUGUAGUUUCUGCUUGUGCUGUUGGUGUGCUGUCCAAGUGGUAUCUGAAUAAAAGAGAG